CCCGCGCCCCUGCUAGGCUGCGGCGGCAUGGCCCGCGCGCCCGGCGCGACCUCUGCGGAUUGCAUCGGAGUGCGGCGGCCGGGCAUGCCCAGGGCACCGGGCACGGCCUUCAAUGGGCGAGGACACGGACGCUCGGAAAAUUAACCACAGCUUCCUGCGGGACCACAGCUAUGUGACCGAAGCCGACAUCAUCUCCACCGUCGAGUUCAACCACACUGGAGAGCUCCUGGCCACGGGCGACAAGGGCGGCCGGGUUGUCAUCUUCCAGCGGGAACCGGAGAGUAAAAAUGCACCUCACAGCCAGGGGGAGUACGACGUGUACAGCACGUUCCAGAGCCACGAGCCCGAGUUCGACUAUCUCAAGAGCCUGGAGAUAGAGGAGAAGAUCAACAAGAUCAAAUGGCUCCCGCAGCAGAACGCGGCUCACUCGCUCCUGUCCACCAAUGACAAAACGAUAAAAUUAUGGAAGAUUACUGAGCGAGACAAAAGGCCGGAGGGCUACAACCUGAAGGACGAGGAAGGGAAGCUGAAGGACCUGUCCACGGUGACGUCGCUGCAGGUGCCAGUGCUGAAGCCCAUGGACCUCAUGGUGGAGGUGAGCCCCCGGAGGAUCUUUGCCAACGGCCACACCUACCACAUCAACUCCAUCUCGGUCAACAGCGACUGCGAGACCUACAUGUGCGACCUGCGCAUCAACCUGUGGCACCUGGCCAUCACGGACCGCAGCUUCAGUAUCCUGCGCCCCGGCCUCCCGCGGCAGGGCUCCCGCGCUGGGACCUCGGGGGCCGGCCUCGGCCCUGGGGCACGUACCUCUGUGGUGGACGAGUACCCCACUCGUGUGGCGGGGUGUUCGGGGAUCCCUAGAAGCCUCCGGAGCUGCGCCUGGUCCUGGGCCAUGAGCCUCCGCGGCCCCCCGGCGGCCCAGCGCGACGGGGCCUCAGGGAGCGGGGGCUCCGUGGUGUUCCGCGGGGGGGAUCGGGACUCGGGGCUCCCGCCACGGCGUGGAUCCCGCCACGGCCCCCGUCCCUCUGUCCACGACUACCUUCGGAGCAAGCUCUGCUCCCUGUACGAGAGCGACUGCAUCUUUGACAAGUUCGAGUGCGCCUGGAACGGCAGCGACAGCGUCAUCAUGACCGGGGCUUACAACAACUUCUUCCGCAUGUUCGACCGCAACACGAAGCGGGACGUGACGCUGGAGGCGUCUCGCGAGAGCAGCAAGCCGCGGGCGGUGCUCAAGCCGCGGCGCGUGUGCCUGGGCGGCAAGCGGCGGCGCGACGACAUCAGCGUGGACAGCCUGGACUUCACCAAGAAGAUCCUGCACACCGCCUGGCACCCCGCCGAGAACAUCAUCGCCAUCGCCGCCACCAACAACCUCUACAUCUUCCAGGACAAGGUCAACGCCGACGCGCACUAGGGGCCCCGCCGCCCGCCCCCCUCCUGGCCCCCGCCCGUGGGGGGGGGGACGCGGGGCGCCGCGGCCGCGGCUCGGAGACAGACGGACGCGGAGCCCCAGCCACAGACCAUAAAACAGAUGUGAUUCGUGGGGCGCUCCGGCCGGGGUUCAUUCGCGCGGGGGCGGGCGCGGACGGGGCGCGCUGGCCCGGUGUCGGCCGUCCUUCUGCAGUGGAGGACCCCCCCUCCGGUGGGGGCGGCUUCCUCCGGGGGUGGGGGUGGGGGUGCUCCCGGCUCUCCCUCCACGACGCCCCCUGCUCCCCGCUGCCGGCAGCCCGCCCCGCCCCGUGGGCACCUCGGGGAGCCAGGACCUUGCCCCAGGUGGGGGGCCCGUUCGCCUCCGCCACGAACACCGGCCGCUGCUGGGGUGCCGGGGUACGAAUGAGCCUCUCCCCCUUUGUGCGCUCGAGGAGAACCAGGCUCACGGCGGGCCGCGUCUGCCCACGGGCCCUUCUCCAGCCCGGCGACACGGCCUCCGUGCCGAGGGAAGAAGGUUCUGGAAGGGAAACGUCUCUCCGUUGUGCAAAGCAGGACCCGGCCCGUGCCCGGCCCCAGCGGCUCCCCACCCGCGCGCGCGUCUGCGUCGGGGGACACGGCCUUGGGGGGGGGGGGACACCUUGGACCACCCCGCGGGGAACGGCCGCGACUGAGAUUCCACCCCCGGCUCCUUCGUGUGGAAAAGCACAACGCGCAUGCGCCCUGGCUCCCGGCGGCUGCCCAUUACACGCAGGGGCCCUCGGCUUUCCUGCCCCCCCCCCUCUCUAUUUUCUGUUUUUUAAAUCAACAUGAAUGAAGAAUGUUUGUUUCUCUAUCACUGUAAAACCCAGGUGACCUGGACAGUAUUCCGUGUACAUAGCUACCCGAAUUCCAUUUAAUAAGCGAAGGGUCGCUUGGCCGGGCCCCCUUCCCAGCCCCCUCGGUAAAGAGGUGCGAGAAUGCGGUAAGUCACACAGCGGUCCUGUCGAGGCCAAACCCCCGGCGAGGGCCUUACACAGCAGCCCGGGCGUCCGGCACGACGUGACCUUCCCCUGUGUGACUCGGACCGUGCGCGAGGGAGCCAGCCUCUCUCUGAGUCACGGGUGCGAGUGAACACCGACUGUAUUCCGAGGGCAAGUCCUACGAGAGCCGCACAAGUGGGAGGAUCUUCUUCUGUGUCAAACUUGGGGUACCAGACCCAAAGGGGGGAAAAGAGAACCGACGCGAAAGGAUCUUCUCAGAAGGCGAGGUUGGCUGCAUUCCUGCGCGAAGCACGCCUGGU